AUUUUUCUUUGAAUCAUUCUGAAACACACAAAAAAAAAACUACAGUUUUGAGAUAUCUUCAAACCAGUCAAAAGAGAAUCAAUGGCGUCGGUUCGUUGAUCUCUCUGAUUCAUUCUCCGGCCACUGGUUUCUGCUGAGAAAAUGCUGCAGUUUCACUCCACUGUCGCACCAAAACGUGCCAAUCUCUCAUCCAUUUCACCCCCAUAUGCUGUUUCUUGUCUAUCAUCAUCAUCAUCAUCAUCUCAAUCCUCCUCCUCGCUCUCAUUCGCAUUGUCUCCUUCCCUGCAUCACCUUUCUCUAUCUCGUGUUUCCAAAUCCCCACUAUCUUCCCCUAAACAGAAGAAGAGGAUAAAUGUGAUUAAUGGACAAACUCAGCCACUAAAGGUCAUGAUAUCUGGCGCACCUGCUUCAGGGAAAGGAACUCAAUGUGAAAUGAUAGUCAAGAAGUUUGGGCUGGUGCAUAUAUCAACUGGAGAUCUUUUGAGAGCUGAAGUUUCAGCUGGGACGGAUAUUGGGAAUAAAGCAAAAGAAUACAUGAAUGCAGGGCGUUUGGUUCCUGAUGAGAUCGUGAAUGCUAUGGUGACAACACGGCUAUCUCUAAAAGAUGUUAAAGAGAAAGGGUGGCUUCUAGAUGGGUACCCAAGGAGUUUUGUGCAAGCGCAAAGUCUUGAAACCCUCAAUGUCAAACCAGAUAUUUAUAUUGUGUUGAAUGUUCCUGAUGAAAUUCUGAUUGACAGAUGCGUUGGCAGAAGGCUUGAUCCGUUAACUGGAAAGAUUUAUCACAUAAAGAAUUUCCUCCCCGAGAAUGAGGAAAUCAAAGAAAGGCUUAUAACUCGUGCAGACGACACUGAGGAGAAAGUGAAAUCGCGUUUAGAAAUCUAUAAGCAAAAUGCUGAAUCAAUACUAGCGACGUACAAGGACAUUAUGAAAAAGGUUGAUGGAAACCGAUCAAAGGAAGUUGUUUUCAAUGAGGUAGACUCUUUGCUGUCUCAAUUCUUGAAAGAAAAAGCCAUUGCGAGUGAGAAGCAGCUAAAGAAGUCGUUACCAAGACAGGAUAAUUGGAGAGGUAUCCCAACUAGACUCAACAAUAUACCACAUACAAGAGAAAUAAGGGAAUAUUUCUAUGCUGAUGUUCUUCAAGCCACACAAAGGGCAAUAAGUGCUGGAAAAACACGAUUAAGGGUGGAUAUCACCAUUCCUGAGCUGAACCCAGAAAUGGAUGUAUAUAGGAUAGGUACUCUGAUGGAACUUAUUCGAGUUAUAGCUCUAUCAUAUGCUGAUGAUGGAAAGCGUGUCAAGGUCUGCGUUCAAGGGUCAAUGGGAGAAGGAGCACUUGUAGGGAUGCCAUUACAGCUUGCAGGAACAAGAAAAAUAUUGGAAUUUAUGGAUUGGGGUGAUUAUGGAGCCAUUGGAAAUUUUAUCAAUAUAGGUUCCAUAGGUGCGAAUGAUGUUGGUGAGGAAGAUGAUAUUUUUAUUCUUGUCGCCCCACAAAAUGCCAUGGGAAAUUGCAUUAUUGAUGAUCUAAGAGCCAUGACUGAUUCUGCUGGUAGUCGUCCUGUUAUUCUUAUAAAUCCUAGGCUAAAGGAUUUACCAGGUUCGAGCGGGGUCAUGCAGACAAUGGGCAGAGACAAGAGACUGGAGUAUGCAGCGUCUUUUGAAAACUGUUAUCAUUUUCGAUUACUUUAUUAUGCAGGUACACAGUAUCCUAUCAUGGGUGCCCUCAGAAUGGCAUAUCCAAAUGAAUACCAAUUAUACAAAAGAGUAGACGAGGAAGAAGAAGCAGCAGGAAAGGAGAAGUACAUCCUCUUGUCAACAUUCGAACAACGACCCGAUGUUAAUGAAAUAAAUGAUGCGUUUGAUGGAAAGAAACGAAAUCGUGAUAAGGAUGCGUCUGGAUUUUGGGCAUUCUUCAACAGUGUUUUUGGAUGAAAUACACACCAGAUUCUUCUAUCAUUAAUUUUUUCAUGGUACAUAGAUCCACAUUUAAGUCAUUAAUAAAUAAUAAUAAUAAUAAAAUGUUUGUAAUUUUAUAUUGUUUGUAAUAUUGUU